CCCCGCCCCGGCUCGGUCCGGGUACCCCAAGCACCCCCCUGCUCGCCCUGAGCAUCCCUCUCCUUCCCUUGAGCAUCCCUUUAUUCCCCCCGAGCAUCCCCUUAUUCCCCCUUAGCAUCCUCCUUCUCCCUUGAGCAUCCUCCUGCUCCCUCCGAGCUCGCUCCAGCCCGGCACCCCCCCCCCCUCCUCCCCGCUCCGGCCGUGCUUCCAAAGGAGAUGCUCAACGUUAUGGAUUUUUCCUGCUCGGAUCCUCUUUACUCCAAAUACGAGGAAAGCUGCGAGCUGAAACCCGGCGACCUGCAAGGCUUGGGGCAGGCUGAGCAGCAACUCCUGGCAGAAGGCGAUUUCCUCGGAGGUGAGGUGCUGGGCACCCCGAUGAGUGGUGGGGCUGUGGAUUACUCCCUGCUGGGCAGCCAGCCCUCCCCUUCGCUCAGCUACACCGGCAGCUUCUUCAUCAAAGCGGUACCGGAGCAUCCCCAGGACCAGGAAUCCCUCUUCAACCUGAUGUCAGGGAUCCUGGGCAUCUCCCCCUUCGCCUCCUCCGAGGGCCACCAAAGGCAUCUGGAUGCUCUUUAUCCAUGUCCCGAUGUGGCUCAGAGCCAGCUGGACCUUUAUCCUAACUGCCAGCCGGAAAUGAACGGAUCCACCCAAACCCCAUUCCCGGAGCAGGGCUACGGCAGCUUCCCCACUCCGGAUGCUGCUCAACCCCUGCAGGCACAGCCCACCUUGGGAAACACCUCCCAGUGCUUCUUCCAACCCAAGCUCCUGGACAGCAAGCAGGACAUCAAGCUGCCCUCUGGCUCCCCACCCCUGGACAAGUUUAAAGCCUCCUGCACCCAAUGGGAGCCCAUCACCCAGCAUCAGGCCUACUUGCCCUCUGGUUACCCAUCUCCCGAAGCGUUCCCAGCUGGAGAAAGCAGCCAGGGGCUAUUCCAUCCACUGGGCUCCAAGAUGGAGAGCGUCUUGUCCGUGAGCUGCCAGUCAGAGCUCGGCAGCCUGGCAGAGGAUGCUCCCUGCUUCGGGACCCAUCUGGGCUUCGGCUGCGAGCCAGAGAACUUCCCGGCCGACACCAAGAUCCACAACCUCCCUCCUCCCUUGAUCCCGGAAUUCGACGCUUCCUUAACCCAGCCCGAAGUCCUGCCGGCGCUGAUGAGCUCCGCCGAGCUCCUCCAUCCUCAUCCCUCUCCCUCUGUCCCCAGCACGGACUUUUUGGGCCACGCCACCUCUUCCUCCAUCCCUUCCCUGCUUCCCCCCACCCCUCCCGCCUUGGCCGAGCCCAAGAAGAAGACUCGCCGGACCAAGUGCUCUUCCAAAUGCUUCUGCCCCAAGCCCCACGAGAAAGCGUUCGCCUGCCCCGUGGAGAACUGCAUCCGGAGCUUCGCCCGCUCGGAUGAGCUCAACCGGCACCUCCGCAUCCACACGGGCCACAAACCCUUCCAGUGCCGCAUCUGCCUGCGGAACUUCAGCCGCAGCGACCACCUCACCACCCACAUCCGCACCCACACGGGCGAGAAGCCCUUCUCCUGCGACACCUGCGGGCGCCGCUUCGCCCGGAGCGACGAGAAGAAGCGCCACAGCAAGGUGCACCUCAAGCAGAAAGCCCGCACCGAGGAGAAGCUCAAGGGCUUGGGGUUCUUCUCGGUGGGGCUCUCCUUCGGGACGCUCUGAGAGCCCGGCGCUGGGACGCGGCGCUUCCCGACGUUCCCCCGAGCCUCUCGUGGGAGAGCCGGGGUUGGGA